AUGGCAGCUACAAAAGAUAUCGAACAUGCAGUCCAUAAGGACCCUCGACGUCAACCAAGCAAUAGCAGCCAAGAGUUUAAAUUCGACCCUGCAUCUCAGAUAUUACCUGGCUCGUCUCUGCAACAGAGAGAAGGCGACGACUCUAGUUCCAGCCUCGAGCCAAGCCCUAGAACAGUACAUGGGUGGAAAUGGGCUGCUGCUGCUACGUCUCUAUAUAUUGGAGCACUCAUCUACGGGCUUGAUGGCACUGUUGCUGCUGACAUCCAAACUGCUGUUAUCGAACAGUUCGGCGAGGUCGAAAGUCUAACGUGGAUUGGCACUGGUUUUCCUCUUGGCUCCGUGUGUUCUAUAUUACCUGGGGCUGCCUUGUAUGCUAUCGUUGAUCUCAAAAGUAUGUUUAUCGGGAGCAUCAUUCUGUUUGAAGCCGCCUCUGCACUCUGCGGUGCAGCACCUACCAUGAAUGCUCUUAUUGUUGGUAGGGCAUUAGCCGGUGUUGGGGGAAAUGGAAUCUUCCUUGGUAUUCUGAACUACUUUGCCCUCUGCACAGCCGAGCAAGAAAGGGGCCGCUAUAUCUCGGGCAUGGGCGUCACUUGGGGGAUGGGUGCUGUCCUGGGCCCUGUGGUGGGAGGCGCCUUCGCUACCUCUUCAGCGACGUGGCGAUGGGCUUUUUACAUUAACCUUGUUGUUGCAGCUUUAUGUGCACCAGUGUACAUAUUCUACCUCCCCUCAGUGAAGCCAGGUCGCGCAUCAGAUACCCCCAUCCUCGGAAAGCUCGUAGCUCUAGACUGGGUUGGCUUUAUUUUGGGCACUCGAGCAAUGGUAUCAUUCACCAUUGCCUUGACCUUUGCUGGCACAACUUGGUCCUGGGAUGAUGGCCGCACAAUCGCAACAAUCGUUGUCUCUGGAGUGCUGUUCAUUUUGACCUUUCUCCAACAAUAUUUCGUCGUUUUCACCACUCGUGAAGCGCGCAUGUUUCCUCCGCGACAUGUUCUUCUCAACAUGACGCAGGUCCUGCUGUACAUCAAUACUGCCGUGGCCGCUGCCAACAUCUACAUACCGCUCUAUUACAUUCCUAUCUAUUUCUCCUUUGCUCAUGGAGAUUCAACUCUGAUGGCUGCCGUCCGCCUAUUACCUUUCAUCGCUUUCCUUGCGUCCAUGACUAUGGUCUCGGGUUCUCUUCUUCCACGCAUAAACUAUUACUGGGUGUUAUACACGGUGGGUGGAGUCCUCAUGACAGUCGGUAGUGCAACCAUGUACACCGUUAAUCCCAAUACUUCUAUUGCAAAUGUCUACGGGUACACUAUCAUGCUCGGAGCUGGAACUGGCUUGGUUUUCAAUCUCGGCUUUACAGUUGCGAGUAUCACGAUAAUGGCGCAAACAGGUUCUGAUCUGGACGUUCAACGUGUCAGUUCUAUGCAGAAUCUGUCUCAGCUGGGCUUCCAGACGGUGAGCUUGCUCAUAGGGGGCCAGAUAUUCCAGAGUUUUUCAAUGAAAAACCUUACGCAUGUCCUGAACGGGCAGGGAUUCUCUCAAGAAGAUAUCAGGAGCGUCAUUAUGGGAACUCAGAGCGCCCUAUUCGAUUCUCUGAAUCCCUCUCUUCAGACACAAGCUAUCAAGGCUAUCACAGAUGCUAUAAGCAAAGUUUACAUUCUGAGUAUAGUAUCAGGAGCGAUUAUGUUGAUUGUUGUGAUGGUAAUGCCAAAGGGAAAGCUAUUUCCAGCAAAAGAAGAUACCGUCGUCCCUGCGAGUGGAGCUUAA